UCUCUGGUCUAGGUCUAUAAUACGUGUUUGUCACAGAAUCCUGCACAGCUUUUAACCGAUAUCAACGCAACAAGUUUACAUCAACUAGACAUGCAAAUCAUACGAGUUUUUCAGAAUCACUAGAAAUCAUUAUGUCUGGUGCUAAGCGAGACUUCCUUUCCAUCAGUCUUGGUUUCGAUGAUGAACAGAAAGAACCACCAAAGAGGCAGUCUGUUUGGAGAGUAUGGAAGAGACUUUCAAGCCUCCAGAGGAGUGUGAUUUGUCUGAUUAUUGUGCUAGGAGGAUUGAGUGCAUUAUAUAUUUUGCCGGCUAUUCACCAUGGCAACCGUUUGUCAGGGGAGGAUGCCAAAUCAGUAAAGGACAGGAGGCAGGCAGUGGACAAAGUUGCCCAUAAUGCUGACAAUGGAGGUGAAUUCUUCAAGGACAAAAUUCUGGGUAGACAGAAUUUCAAUGAUAACCAACAGUUGCAGGCUCCACAACCUGGAAUGCCUAGGCUAAAUAAACAGGAUGACCUUAAGAGAGUCGCUAAGCAACAGAUUAAUGAGUAUAAUAAACGGUUACAGAAACAAAGACCAGGUAUGAGAAGGCCACCACAGCCCAAACUUGUUGUAGACCGACCGCCUAAUGGGGGUGGGGAGGAGGUAGGUUUGCUUCCCCCUGAUGAGAAACAAGAAAUCCUUGAAAGGGAUGAAAAUGGUGACGUUGGAAAGGAAGAUGACAAUGAAAAAGACGACAAUGUAGAUGGUCAACUGAACCAGCCAGAUAAAGGAGCAGACCCGGAUUUCAAUGUGGAUGCCGUACCACCUUAUGACUACUUUAAUCAGGAGGGUAAGAGGACAGAAAGACAGGAGGCUGUAGUAGAUGCUUUCCGGUAUGCCUGGAAGGCCUACAAAAAGUAUGCCUGGGGACACGACGAGUUCCACCCUAUAACACGCACACACUCGGAGUGGUUUGGAGUAGGUCUGACCAUAGUGGACUCUCUGGACACACUGGUCAUUUUGGGACUCAAACCAGAAUAUGAUGAUGCUAGAGAGUGGGUUGCAACUGAACUGACUUUUGAAAAGGACAAGGAUGUCAACUUAUUUGAAAUCACGAUCCGAGUCCUUGGAGGGCUACUGGCAACAUAUCAUCUCACUGGGGACGACUUAUUCAAGGAGAAAGCAGUUGAUCUGGGUAACAGACUGCUACCAUGCUUUAAUUCACCAUCUCACGUGCCAUUUUCGGAUGUGAACUUGAUGACAAGUCGUGCCCAUGCUCCACGCUGGGGUCCAGACAGCAGCACCUCUGAAGUCACCACCAUACAGUUGGAGUUCAGGGACCUUUCACGUGUCACUAAAGAUGACAAAUAUGAGAAUUCUAUAAUGACUGUGAGUAAGCACAUCCAUGGCUUGCCGAAGAAGGAUGGCUUGGUUCCUAUCUUCGUCAAUGCCAACACCGGAUCUUUCAGAGGGACCAGCACCAUCACAUUUGGGGCUCGAGGAGACAGCUACUACGAAUACCUUCUUAAACAAUGGAUUCAGACAGGAAAGACCAUCAACAUGUUUAAAGAUGACUUUCUGGAGGCUAUUGAUGGAGUGAAGAAACACCUGUUAAGGGAGUCAUCUCCAUCUAAACUAUUGUACGUAGGGGAGCUGUUGGGCGGUCGUACAUUCAGUCCGAAAAUGGACCACCUUGUGUGCUAUCUACCAGGAACAAUGGCCCUUGGAUACAAGAAUGGUUUGCCAGACGACCACUUUGAUAUUGCCAAGCGUCUAACAGAAACCUGUUAUCAGAUGUAUGCCCGGAUGCCGACCAAACUCAGCCCAGAAAUUGUUUAUUUUAGCCAAGCUGCACAAUCCAAAGAGGACCUCAUUGUCAAGGCGCCAGACGCUCACAAUCUGCUUCGACCAGAGACUGUGGAAAGCCUCUUCUACAUGUACAGAUUUACAGGAGACAAGAAAUACCAGGAUAUGGGCUGGACCAUAUUCCAGGCUUUCCUAAAACAUACAAAAGUAGAAAAUGGUGGAUUCUCAUCCAUUCAUAAUGUUAAAGCUGGAAAACCAACGUUCAGAGAUAAAUUAGAAAGUUUCUUCUUAGCAGAGACAUUAAAAUAUUUAUAUCUUUUAUUUGGGGAUGAUAAUUCUUUAAUCCCCCUGGACAAAUUUGUCUUCAACAGUGAGGCUCAUCCUCUGCCUAUUUAUUCAUCAUGAGAAGCCUUGCGAGAAAGGUUGUGUGCAAUACUUUGUGUGUGGUUUUAGAAAGGUUGUCGGCCUAAGUGAGGGUGGUGUGUGUUAGAAGUCCGAGGGGUUGACAUAGCGUGUCUGAUACAAAUUAAUUCAUCUCUUUCUAUUGUACUUCUGAAAGUGCUGUCUAUUUCGAAGUAAUAAUCUUUCCAUGUGUAAAUGUAGUGGAAUCUGUUUUGUGAGUUUAGUAUUAUGAUGUGUAUGAAAGGUUUCUAUGUGUAUGGCAACUACUAAAGAUAUUCAAUAAUAAUUCACUGUGAAAUUGUGAUAGAGAUUUAUUUUUCAUUUUUGAAUGUGCAUUUUUUUUGCUAUGAAAUAUUAUAUGUUUUAUUCUUCUUGUGAUUCACUGUUUACCAAAGUCAUGAUGUUUAGAAAUAUACUGCUCAAAAAAUGAAAAAUACCAUGGGUUACCGUUAUAAUUUAUAAUAUAUUUUAAACAUAGUGUGUACACUCUAAAACAAUUUCCAGAAAGUUAUUUGAGAGAUUUAUGCAGCAUAUUAAAAAAUAUUGUUAUACAACAUAUCCAUAAAAAUUCUUUACAUUUAUCUACUAUCAAACUACAUUAUGGAUUGGGGUUGGUAUACACAAACAUCAUAGAAUAAAUUGGGUUACACAUUGUCAUUUUAUGUUCAUCUGUUGAAACUUAAAUUGGAUGUCAAUCAUCAUUAUAUUAAACAAUUUUCUUUUUUCUUUAAAAUUUUUGUCGUUCAAUAGCGUAAAAAAUAUCUUCAAUGUUUUUAACAAAAUACAAUUUUAAGUUUUUAAAUCUUGUUGAAAAUGGUAAGAUUAUUUCUGAAUUAAGCUGAUUUAAGUAUUAAGUAUGCAAAUACAAAUAUACAGAAUUCGGAACAUAUAAUAGUGUUAAGGACCUGCUACCUUCUCAAAAGAAUUGUGUAAGAAAUUUGUAAAAAAAAUGCUUUAUAACAACUUUUUGAUUUUGACUUGCUAAUCAUCCUUACACAAACACAUCAGGAACCCUCAAAACGUAGUCAAUUCAGAGUGCACUCUUACCGCCACAAAUCUCGAGUUGAAUUACAAGCAGUUUGCUUAUCAUAUAUACAAUAUAAUAUAUAUAAUACAUGGAAUAUAGCAUAAGAUUGUGUGUUUAGUGAACUUUUCUUGCUUCUAAAGCAACCAGUAGUAGUUGUCAAUUUUAAUGUGAUGAGUUGUCAGUGUAUUAAAUGGUGUUAUGUGAUGUAGUGAAUGCUGGUAAAUUAAGUGGUAUGUGCUAGUAAGUACAUUCGUAGUAUGAUUUCCAUUUAUAAGUAAUUCCUUCUAAUCAUAGCUAGCUCACCUGGUCAAAAGGAACAGGGCAAGCUGAUAGCUCAUGCUGUACUGUGGUGUAUGUCCGUCCGUCAAAACUUUCUUUAAACAAACAUAAAUGCUGAACCACGCACAUGUAUAUAACAUUUUAUAGAAGGUGGGGUUUCAAAAUUUUAAAAAUGGAGAAGUGGACUCACUCUCUACCCAGAUAUCGUUCCUUACACUCUUAACAUGUAGGGAAAAAACUGCUGUGGGUAGAAAUUGAAGAUGACUGCUGUGAAAAGGCAAUACUUAUUUUUUUUUCAGUAAGAUUUCUUCUGCAAUUAUUAGAUUGGUGCCAAGAUUAAUUAGUUUGAAGCAUUCUACUGUUGUGAUACAAAAAUGCAGAGGAUGACGGACAGUUGAGGUGGGAGUUAGGGCCCAGAAUAUAUGGCGAUGACAUUUAAAUGGUUGAGAUUCCUAUCCUAUAGCUUAUGUAUCUAAUUCUUGCUGGGCAUGGGGAGACACUAACUACUCUUUUGGACUAAAUGUGUGAGUUAGACAUGGAAAUAUUAAGAGAUUCCCACCCUGUUACAACAUAGGCUAGACACCAUGGUUAUCAUAAUAUCCAGGUGAGCAAUACAGGCCCAUUGGUCCUCUUGUUAAUAAUAUAUAUAAAUAUAUGAUAUUUCUAUUAAAAUAACUAAGUGCCCUCUUGUGAAUGUAUUAUAUGUAUAAUUUAGGAAGAGAAUAUAAUAAAAUGAUUAGGUUUUGACAUUAUGACCCUCGUAUUUAUAGAAAAACUUUUACUUGUUUUCAUUUUCUGAUGAUCAAAGCUGUUUUGUGAGCAGAGGAUAUAGCUAGCAAAUACCCUAGUUUGGUUUGAUUAUCAAUGCAUGUACAAUUUCAUAAAUUAUCUUUUUUUUUUUUUUUAUAUUUUUACCAAAUAUCAAACAAAAUGGAACUUAAUUCAAAAACAAUUUAUUUCAACAAGAGUUCAUAAUGUUUAAGUGUAUUGAAUUAAGAAAAGCAACUCCAGGACAUUUUCUUUCACAAAUCUGUAUACCAUGAAACAAUGGUGACACAGACAGUAUUUAAUUGAUACAUUUCCAGUAUUACAUAAACUUAUUUCCAUUACUGUAAAAUAAAUAGCGUCUCGGUUCCAAUUUUUCUUAGCUUUAUUAAUUUAUUUUGGCACAAAACAUGUAUUUGUAAAACUAUUUCAAUUCCAUCAUGUUUGCUACAGGUACAUUUAUAACUUAAGUGGCUGAAGAUUGACUUCAAUAGAAUCAUGUUAUUUUCUUUGAAAUUUCACACAGCACUUGAAAAGUUCAAAAUCCUAUGGUCAGGAGGUUAGCCUGUAAACAUUUUAAUCACAUCUAUUUCAGUGAAAUAGAAAUUCAGUCAUUGUCAAUUAAUAAUGCUGUCAACAAGUGUCUUAUGUACGAGAAUUGUGAACUUGCUGUCUAGUCAUACAAAUGUAAGAUGAACAGCUUGGUAUAGGCAUGUAUCAUUUCUUCCAACAAUCAGGUGAAAACUAUGUGUAAAUGCAAUAAAAGAUUGAAUGAUAUUUUCUGUGGUAAUAAAUUGUUGUAUACCUUG